UCGGCGCGCAAGGGAGAGGCUGCCCGCGGCGCGGCGCACGCUUCGGCGGCUCCCGGCUUGCGCGCAAACCUUUCCCCGGUCCGCGCCCUAGAGAGGGGACAGAGCGGAGGGGACCUGCCUAGGGACACCCGGCCACCACGCGCGCGUGCUUUCUCUUUUCUUCUGCCUUCUCCCGCAGCUCGGCUGCUCCGACUUUGGCUCGGCUCCUUUCGUCCUCCCCCUCGCAGCCGGCUCCCCCACCCCGCCCUGUUUCUCCCCCACUUGUGUAAGCUAUUUGUUGGGGGUGGCCGAAAGGGAUGUCCUGUUUUCACCAGAGACACAGCGCGAAGAGAAAACUUAGACACUGGAAGGAAAGCGAGUAAAUACAUAGAUCGGACCCGCAGGUCACUGGCUGGGACGGACAACUGAACUUCGGGAGUCCAAGGCGGUCCGGGCCUCCAGAGAUAGUCAAUUGUGAUCCAAGGAAGCUGCCUCCGCGUGGGAGUGGCAAGAGAACUUAGAGAACCACAUGGAAGACACCCAGGACCUGAACGAGCAAUCUGUAAAGAAAACGUGCCCAGAAUCAGAUGUUUCAGAACCUCAGAAUUCCAGGUCUAUGGAAAUGCAAGACCUAGCAAGUCCCCAUACCUUGGUCGGAGGCAGUGAUACACCUGGGAGCUCCAAGCUGGAUAAAUCUGGUCUCAGCAGCACUUCGGUCACAACAAAUGGGACAGGAGGGGACAACAUGACUGUUUUAAACACAGCAGACUGGCUGCUGAGUUGCAACACCCCCUCUUCUGCAACAAUGUCUCUUCUUGCAGUCAAAACAGAGCCCUUGCACAGCAGUGAGUCCACUACCACGACUGGAGAUGGAGCGCUUGACACUUUUACUGGGUCAGUAAUAACAAGCAGCGGCUAUAGCCCCAGGUCGGCACAUCAGUACUCCCCACAGCUGUACCCCUCCAAGCCCUAUCCACACAUUCUUUCUACACCAGCAGCUCAAACGAUGUCGGCCUAUGCAGGCCAGACCCAGUACUCUGGGAUGCAGCAGCCAGCAGUCUACACAGCCUACUCACAGACAGGACAGCCCUACAGCCUGCCUGCCUACGAUCUUGGUGUGAUGUUGCCAGCCAUCAAGACAGAGAGUGGGCUUUCCCAGACUCAGUCCCCAUUGCAGAGUGGCUGCCUCAGCUACAGCCCUGGGUUUUCUACCCCACAGCCAGGCCAGACACCUUACUCUUACCAAAUGCCAGGCUCCAGCUUUGCACCGUCGUCUACUAUUUAUGCAAAUAAUUCCGUUUCUAAUUCAACAAACUUCAGCAGCUCACAGCAGGAUUACCCAUCCUACACAGCCUUUGGCCAAAACCAAUAUGCUCAGUAUUACUCAGCAUCAACCUAUGGGGCAUACAUGACGUCAAACAACACAGCCGACGGCACAUCAUCAUCAACCUCGACUUAUCAACUGCAGGAAUCUCUCCAAGGACUGACUAGCCAGCCAGGUACAGAUCAUCACCCAGGAGAGUUUGAUACAGUGCAGAGUCCCUCCACACCAAUCAAAGAUCUUGAUGACAGAACAUGUAGAAGUUCUGGGUCAAAGUCUCGAGGAAGAGGCCGGAAAAAUAAUCCCUCCCCACCUCCGGACAGUGACCUAGAGCGUGUGUUUGUCUGGGACUUGGAUGAAACCAUCAUCGUCUUCCACUCUCUCCUCACAGGCUCUUAUGCACAGAAGUAUGGCAAGGAUCCCCCAAUGGCUGUGACCCUCGGGCUCCGAAUGGAAGAAAUGAUCUUUAAUCUUGCAGAUACACAUUUGUUUUUUAAUGACUUAGAGGAGUGUGAUCAAGUUCAUAUAGAUGAUGUUUCCUCUGAUGACAAUGGUCAGGACUUAAGUACCUACAGUUUUGCAACUGAUGGCUUCCAUGCAGCUGCAAGUAGUGCGAACCUUUGUUUGCCAACAGGUGUGAGAGGAGGAGUGGACUGGAUGAGGAAGCUGGCUUUUCGUUACAGAAGAGUAAAGGAAUUAUAUAAUACCUACAAGAACAAUGUUGGAGGACUCCUUGGCCCUGCCAAGAGAGAUGCAUGGCUGCAGUUAAGGGCAGAGAUCGAAGGCCUCACAGAUUCCUGGCUAACAAAUGCACUUAAGUCUUUAUCAAUUAUUAGUACUAGGAGUAACUGUGUAAACGUCUUGGUGACAACAACCCAGCUGAUUCCUGCUCUUGCGAAAGUCCUGCUCUACAGCCUAGGAGGUGCUUUCCCCAUUGAGAACAUUUACAGCGCAACAAAAAUAGGAAAAGAAAGUUGCUUUGAGCGAAUAAUGCAAAGGUUUGGCAGAAAAGUAGUGUAUGUUGUAAUUGGGGAUGGUGUAGAAGAAGAGCAGGCAGCAAAAAAGCACAACAUGCCCUUUUGGAGGAUAUCAAGCCACUCGGACCUCCUGGCUCUACACCAAGCACUGGAAUUAGAGUAUUUGUAACUGGAGUCUCUAGCUGGGGAGCCAUUUUUUUUUUUUUUUUUUUUUUUUUUUUUUUUUUUUUUUUUUUUUUUUUUAUAUUUCAAGUACACUGUAUUUUUAUGUGUGAUCCAAUGCCGCUGGCUUCUUCUACACAUAUAAAUGGUCUUAACGGAUGAAAUCAUACUUGGAAUAGAAACUCCAGAGUGAAGAAUUCAGGUUGCUGAAUGGAAUUAAACUCUAGUGCUACAGAAAGGAAGCUCUAUGGUCUUAUUAUCUUUACAAUACUUUCGUGGUUUAAAAAAACAAAAACAAAAAUCUGUGGCAGUUACUGACAUGUAUGGAGUGAGCCCUAACAAGAAUUAACAGCUUUAAUAAAGAACUCGAACCCUCCCGAGCCACAGCACCUGCUCUGCCUCUGACAAGGUGGUUGAAAACAUUCCUCAAAAUGGGAGCUCUUCUCAACCCUGAGGUUUGAAUCUGACUUAUAGCCUACCUAGCCCAGAAAAUCUGAAUCGGAAUGCACUCAGACUGUAUAACGACAGUCCUAGCUAGACCUGUAAUUUGUGUAAAUUAUUGAUGGAAAUAAUUUACUGUGACUUUAUUAGCAGCUGACUCUGAAAAUGAAUGCAAUUUUUCUUUUAUUUGUUGGGGUGGGAAAAGGGCUGGGGAAAUGGGAAUAUGAUAUUGUCUCUUUUAUAAGUGUGGCAAUGAGAAUGUUCAUAUUGAUGUGUUGUGCCUUAAAGACAAGACAGCAUUUGUGUGUUACAAUGUAACUUUGGUUAAAGUCUCUGUAGAUAAUGAAAGACAAAAUCAAACAAACAAAACAAACAAGCAAACAAAUACCUUUGUGAUAACUCUUCACAUGACCAAAUUUAAAAUUCAAUCUAUCAGUUUAAUAUGGAAAUAUCAACAAACUGAGUAUUUGUUAAAAUGGGAAACCAGUAACAAAUACAAGAAAGCUUGCAUUUUAAUUGGGUUCUAAAUUAUUCCAGUAAUCAGUAUGUCAAUUAUCUGAACAUCCAAUCAUAAGCAAGUUUGGGAGACUAUGGGUUCUUUAUUUAGAGAGUGAUAUAUAUAUCAAGUAUCCCUUCUUACAGUUUUCUGGAAGGAAAUUAAGAGCCAUAUUCAUGUCAACACACCCAAUUUUAGUUUAAGAUUGGAUAUGUGCCAGUUGCUAAGGGGACAAUAUCAUGUUGCACAUUUAGCAAAUAUUAUCAAUGUCAUUUUUAGAACAUGCUAUGGAAUGAAUGUAGCUUAAAACACACAUUGAGUAGGCACAGCAGAGUGCAUUUGUCUUCCAUGCUGUUGCAGAAGCAAGUAUCAUCAAUGAUAGAAGGCAGGUAUGCCAGAUAGUUCUCAAGGAAAAAACUCAAAAUCUAUGAAUGUUUUACAUAAUAUCAUCAAAAUUUAAUUAUUAAAUAAGCUAUAUCUUGACAACAUCACCAGAUCACAACAGUAAAAAGGUAUUUGCUCUCCUUGGAACACAUCAGUCCAGGGUCUCCCCAUUACAGACUGAAAUACAUUGGUUUCUUCCUGUAUGGUUGCUGAACAAUGCCUGCAUUCAGUGGCCUCACUGUGUCUGCCUGUCUUCUUGUCUUGUUGGUGUAUAGACCAUCUUGGUAACACAGUACAGAUUCUCCUUUCAUUUGCUAUGACAUGGUUUGCCUUGUGGAAAUUUAAGACUUCAAGAAAGAAAAUAUUCUAGUGGUGUGAGUGCCUGAAUCUCUCUGCUUUCUGAAUGACAUAAGAUGGACCCUAGAGUGCAGCUCUCAGUCAAUGCCCCUCAUCUGAGGCUGGUUCAUAAGAGCUCAUCGUCUGAGACUUUUGCAGCUUAAAUAAGGCCAACAUUUUGCUCAAAGAUCACAGAGAAUACUCUGGAGGGCUGUAUUUCUUUAGAGAAUGAUGUGGCCCUGUUUACAAAGGGUAGAUGCAUGAUGAGAUAAUUCUGCAUAAGAUAGGGACUUCUUGUCUCAAUCCUUACUUAUUAAAUGUGGCUUCUGGUUACCCUUUCCCCAAUGCUUUGGUGGCAAAUUAUGGUUGGAAUAUUUUAAUACUAAUACUAUUAAUAAUAAAUUUUAUACUCCUGGUCUUCAGCUUGAAAUUGGAUAAAAGGUCAAAGAUUUUCUUUUUUAUUACUGGUACUCAUUUGUAUUUAGUACUAUGACUAAAAUGAAAUCAGGUUGGCACACAGCCAGUUUCUUUCAUUGAUAGACUUUGUGCCUCUGCAUCAAAAGUUAAAAUUCUUCAUGAAAUCUGAUGAAAAAGGCUUCUUGGAUUACUCCACUUAAGGGACAGAGAGGCUCACCCUUUCCAAAUGUACAAGGACUAGCUGUUGGCCUUCUCUGUGCUCCUGUUUAUCCAUCUCCUUUUCCAGCCCUGCAUAUCUGUCAAGGGGAGGCAGCCACUGUAAUACCUACAAGUGAGGCUGAUGGAAAAGAGAUUGUGCAGCACAGCAAUGGUGACAGCCAUAAAGCCAUGGCCCAGCCUGGUCAUGUGAUGUGAACAGGUUCAAGCUACAAUGCUUCUCUUCCCAUCUUAGGACAGGAAAGUGCUCUAUCUUUCUAAAAACACAUCAGACAAACAGCAAUAAAAAAUAAGUAAAAUAAAAAUUCAGCCCUCUGGGCAGUUCCUACGUUCUGUUUUUAUGUAGAAUAUUGUGCCUUAUUGUAAAUGAGUUUGAGAACUGUUCUCCCACUCAGAUGGGGUUUGGGCUAGUACAUAUUCAAGCUUGGUAUGAUAUUAGGAAAAAAUAGCUGCCUUAUAUUGCACCUUAAAAAUAUCAAGACCCUAUUCUUGAGUAAGAAAGUAGGUGGCAUAACUACAACAUUAUAACAUACAUCUAAGAUGAUAAAAAAAAUGAAGAAAUGUGCAAAUCCAAUUCAGAGGUAAAAAUAAGAUUUUAAGAUUAUAUGGUCUGUGCACAAAAAUAGGUCUGGUGAGCUAAGAUCAAAAUAGCUUCAACAGCAGCCCUACUGUGAAGUUUUUUUUUUUUAAAAAAAACCUACUUGUUUGUGAUAAGCCUACAUUCUUGAUGAAUAUGGCAUUUAGUAUUUCUUUUCAACACAAAUCUAACCCUCAUGAGCCAAAGUUGCAUUUUGACUCCCAGCUAUGGUGGUGUUAUAGGGAACCUCACAGUCAAAAUCAAAAUCAAGGGUUUCUGUUAUGUAUUAGUAAAGUAUAGAUUAUUGGGGCCUACAUAAUUUAAAGAAAUGUAAAUUAAUAUUAAAAGCUUGUAAAAAUAUGUACAUCUUUACUAUUUCUCAAUAAAUACCUUUGCAACUGUA